AUGAGGCUCCUCUGCGCGGCGAUUGCGAUCGCGAGUGCAGCGUUUCUCUUGACAAUCGUCGGCGGUGCGCGUGGCGGCGGUCGGAGCAGCAAGGUGUCGAAGCGGGCGAAGCCGCUCGACCCCGCCGAAGACGACUAUUACUACGAUGCCGAUCCCGUAGACGAGAGGAACAAUCCCACGAACGAGGCGCCGGCGGUACCGCCCGGAUUCCUGAGCCCGUCUGUGCGGGAGUACCUCGAUCUCGGUAAAUCGAUACCCGGUCGGCCAGGCACGGAUUAUCCGGUGCUGGGUAAGGUGCCCUACACGAAUUUCUACUGCGACGACCAGUCCUUCCCCGGCUUCUUCGCCGACGUAGAGACGAGAUGCCAGGCGUGGCAUUAUUGCGACAUAGACGGCCGACAGGCAACGUUUCUCUGUCCUAACGGCACGCAAUUCAGCCAAGCGGUCUUCGUCUGCGACUGGUGGUUCAACGUGAGGUGCGAGCUCAGCCCGAAGCUCUACGCCAUCAACAGUCGACUUUACGGUACGCCCACCGAGAGCCCGACCAGACCUCACCGGCUGAUCACGAAGGAGCUUCUGGAGAAUAUCUUCGUGCGUAGGAAAUGAAGGGGGCGGAAAGGCGGCACGCGAUGCGUCGUCCCGGUACGAAGAGAGGAGCUGGAACGAGCGAGAAAGAGAGAGCGAAGAAGAAGAGGGGUGACGGUCGUCGCCCGAAAUAGAGAAUACCUUCCUCGCGAUGCGAGAGUCGCGAAAAGCGCCGCGAGACAACCGACUCAAAAAUACCGACUACCCUCUAGACACACGACAAAGUACACCCGUUCCUUCCUUCGAUGAAUCGCCAUAAGUCAUAUUCUUUCUCCGCUCACACUCGUUUGAUCCUGAGAGUCGCUCUCUCUCUCUCUCACUCUAUCUCAGAUUCCCGGACGCGGCGUCAAUCGAGACUAUUUAGGUAUUCCAUCACCGGCUGAUGAAUACCGGCGUUGCGAUUUACGUUCGGCCCUAUCGCGCCAGCGGAACUCUCAAAGAAUAUGAAAAGACCGAGGAAAAGAAGAGAGAGAGAGAGACGAUUACCGUCGCGAGCGGAAAACGACCGGCGAGAUUAUCCGGCGGACAAUCGGCGGCUCCUGCGCGAGUAGCGGGAGGUCGAGCGGCGAACAUCGCCGAUACAUCGCGACGAGUCACUCUUCGAGAGCGCACUCGAGCCGGCGGAUCGCGGACGUGCGGGAGAUUACCAGGCGGAUAAAUCUUUGCCCAAUGAAUAUCGAAGCGCGAUCAGCCGAAGACGAGAGAACGCUUGUCCGCUCGCUCGAGGAAGAACUGAGAGGAGGAUUCGACUGUUCGUCGGAUGAGCACCGCUGCGUCAAUAAAAGAGGAAGCGAAGGCGGAGCGCGAUUUCCGUCUGCGAUCGCCCUUCCCUUCUGCCGGCACCCGACGCGUUCGUCCUGCAGCCUCGAUGCGGUUUUUAAUCGUUGAUGAAAUCGCGUUCGAGACGACUGCAGUCGAGGAUCCUCUCUCUCUCUCUCUCUCUCUCCUUUUAUCGCGUCCCGGCGCUUUACGGAUGGACGUCGCCUCGCGUCCAGAGAAUAAGAAGCUCCGGAAGUUGAUCGCUACGUUCUGUAGAGAAUCUCUGUGUACUGACUUAUAUACGCCUUUGUUAAUAGUCCGACGGACUAUUGCGAAAGUAACAUUAAAAUACUCAUCGACGUUACCGACACAUGUUUAGCUUCUUUUAAACUAAAGCACCGUCGAUGAAGAUCAGAUCUGUUCUUUCUCGCUGAAACUGGACUACCUUGGUACUGGUUCUCUUUUCUUCCUUCCUCCAUCAAGUCUCAACUGCAUAUCCGUCUCUUCUUAAGUUCCGUCAGUGUACUAGUACAGCGGAAAAGGACAGACCUACAGUAGCGAGUGAAUAUUCACUGUACGAGAAGAAGAGACACCCCGUCAUGCCAUCGGGACCGAUGUCACAUUCAUGUCGCUUGAAAAUUUCAUCAUCUGCUUCCGACUUUUCCAAUACACUCGUCCCUGAAGAGAUUAAUGCGUUGCUUGCUCGCCAUAGCGAUGUAAGAAUAGACUGCGAAAGAUGUAAAAAAGCAGCUCGCGAAUAUUGUAAGCACGUCGAUGUUACACCGCUCUUCAAUGGUAUCUUCGAUCAGUGAGUCGCACGUGAAAGGUGCAAAAGAAUAAAAGAAGAAACAGCGUCCGAUG